AUGUUGAAAUGCGAUAGAUGCCAACGUUUUUCUCCCUUGGAAGUACUAUUGAGCACACUGGUCCUCAUCUUGGCACUAAUGUGUAUCAGUCUCAUCAUUGUCUCCUGGUUCACCUUGGAAGCUGUUGCUAAUGAAGACAUGCCAGACAGCACUGAUUCAGUUUUGAAUGGACAGUUGCUCAUUGUGAACGGAGCUGUUUUCACAGAUGACCUUCGCAACAGGAGUAGUGUGCAGUUCAAGGCUUUGGCCUUUGACACCGAGGGCCAGAUUACUAAGGCCUUUGAAGAGAGCUCUCUCAAACAACAGUUCAGAAAAUGUCACAUUCAAGAUUUCAGCAACGGCAGUAUUUUUGUGAACUUUGACCUCCAUUUCCAUCAAAUUGUGGAUCCAGAGAAGGUGCAGGCACAGCUGGUUGCUGGUUUACAGAGUAUUGGGAAUGGGGCCCAGGGGGGACUCGUAAUUGACCUCGACAGCAUUCAGGUGUCAGUUAUGUGUCCAGAUGGGCAGAAGGCUUGUGCUGAUGGGAAAACAUGCAUACCUCUGGCUGAUUUUUGUGAUGGAAUAUUCACCUGUGUGGAUGGCUCAGAUGAGAGUGAGAUCCUCUGUGCAACUCAGUGUGAUGGACAGUACCUUUUACUGGGUCCAGUGGGUUCCUUCCACUCUGAGAACUUCCCUCUGCCAUAUGAGAGUGACACCCAGUGCCGCUGGGCCAUUCGUGUUCAAACAGGACUUGCCAUAAGAAUUGAGUUCCAGUCUUUUCACACCGAAGAAGACACUGAUACCUUGAAACUAUAUGAAGGAACUGGACCUCAGAAAAUCUUAACAUAUGAACUGUCAGGCAUCUCCUCGGGAUUUAUUAGGCUUUUCACACAUGAAGCAACUGUAGAGUUCUCCUCUGACUUCAUCAACAACCUGCAGGGCUUCAAUGCAACUUACGAGGCAGAGAAUAUCAGUCACAUCUCUGAUGAGCAGAAAGUGAAUUGUUCUUUUGAGAAGGGGUGGUGUUUCUGGAGACAGGAGCUAGAGGAUGCUGGGGACUGGGUGCGCAGUCAUGGUUCCACAUUUCCACCCUUCACUGGCCCAAGUUUUGACCACACACUGGGCAAUCAGUCUGGAUUCUACAUCGUUACUCCUGGACGCCCUGGUAACAGGGAGAAAAUCUUCCGUGUCUAUAGUCUUCCAUUAGCUUCUCUCAAUGAGCCUGUGUGUCUGAGAUUCUGGUAUCAUAUGUUUGGAGAGGAUGUCCGACGUCUAAGGGUGUUGGCUGAACAGGGGUCAGUUGUCACUGUUAUAUUCCAGAAGGAAGGAAACUAUGGUGACCAGUGGAAUUACGGUCAAGUUAUGCUCACCAGCACUGCAGAGAUGACGGUGAUCUUUGAAGCGCAGAAGACGUUGGGUAUGUUGAAUGACAUAGCUCUGGAUGACAUUAGCUUAACCUGUGGUCCAUGUGGAGAGGCUCCUCCAGACCCAACUCUUGUUCCCCAGCCCACCACACCACCUCCAGUACCAUCUGACUGUGGAGGACCAUUCGACCUCUGGGAACCAAACUCAACAUUCAGCUCUCCAAAUUACCCACAUGGUUAUGGGGCCAAGUUGACAUGUUUAUGGACAUUGCAUGCCAACAAAGGACUAAAUAUCCAGUUGCAUUUCCAGGACUUUGAUCUGGAGGCAACCUACGACAUAGUGGAGGUGCGAGAUGGGACAGGACUGCACUCUGAACUUCUUGGUGUCUUCACUGGGGAGCAAGCCUUUCCUGACCUCUACUCCAAAACCAGUCUGAUGACAGUAAUGCUCUUCACAGACAGCUCUGGGGGUGGCAGAGGCUUCCAUGCCAAUUUCACCACAGGUGCAGGCCUUGGUGAGCAUGAGCCAUGUCCUGUUUGGCAGUACCAGUGUCUGUCUGGGGACUGUGUACACAGUGAAAGUAUCUGUGACAGGGUUAUGGAUUGCCCUGAUAGCUCUGAUGAAAGAGACUGUGUGCAUAUGGUGUCAGUGAACGGUUCUGAUCGUCUGAGACUCCAGGUCAAGAGCUCCCUGUACACAGCAUGUGCCGAGAACUGGAGCCCCAACUUAACCACAUUCCUCUGCAGAUACCUAGGCUACAAGGCUGGUAAUGCAUCUUCUGUGGCCAUUGCUGAGGAGGAUUACCCUGUUAGCAUCGUUGAGCUGACAGCUAAUGGGACACUGCUUGUGAAACCCAGUGAAAAAUGCCCCCGUGAAAAGGUUGUAUCUCUCCAUUGUGAUAACCAACCCUGUGGCAAACGUAAAGUUGCUCUGAAAAGGGGUCAAGACACAUAUGCAUAUGGACAGGCAGAGAAGCAAACAGCGGGAGAGAGAGGGGCAGAAAGGGGAGAGAGCCCAGAGAAGAAGACAACAGGUCGGGUGGUUGGAGGCAGCAACGCUGAGGAAGGGGCAUGGCCGUGGAUGGUGUCCCUCCAUUGGCGAGGCCGUCAUGUGUGUGGGGCUUCACUGAUUGACAGGGAAUGGCUAGUUACUGCAGCACAUUGUGUUUAUGGGAAGAAUGUACACCUGUCAAACUGGGCAGCUAUGUUGGGUCUCCACUCUCAGUUUGGAUCCGACUUCCCAAACAGACAAAUCCAUCAGGUGGAUAAGAUUAUCAUCAACAAACUCUACAACAGGAGGACUAAAGAUGCAGACAUUGCCCUCAUUCGCUUACACACACAAGCAAACCUCACAGACUACAUUCAGCCAAUCUGCCUGCCACAGCCCAGUCAGAUGUUUGAAGCUGGUAGAAGGUGUGUGAUUUCCGGCUGGGGAAGGGAGGCUGAGCAAGGCUCAGUAGCUGAUGUGCUACAAGAAGCGGUUGUUCCCCUGCUGAACAGGACUCAGUGUCAGGACUGGCUCCCUGACUACACCAUCACAAAGCAGAUGCUGUGUGCAGGGUACAUGGAAGGAGGAGUGGAUUCGUGCCAGGGGGACUCUGGGGGCCCUCUGAUGUGUGAGCAGGACGAUGGCUGGGUGCUGGCUGGCGUCACGUCUUUUGGCGUAGGCUGUGGCCGACCCCAGCGACCUGGUGUGUAUGCCCUGGUCAGUAAGUUCACUGACUGGGUGGUGGAGACGCGUCGCCUCUUUUGGAGCUAA